AUGGAGCAAAGGAACAACGUGACUGAGUUUGUCCUCUUGGGGCUCACUCAGAGCAUCCAAGGUCAGAAGAUAUUAUUUGUUGUCUUCUUGCUGUGCUACAUUGUGACAAUGGUGGGGAAUCUGCUCAUUGUCGUGACUGUGAUGGUCAGUCCAACCCUGGAUGCCCCUAUGUACUUCUUUCUUGGCAACUUGUCAUUCAUGGAUGCUAUUUAUGCAACAACAGUCACCCCAAAUCUGAUUAUAGACUUGCUCUGUGUGAAGAAAACCAUUUCCUUCGAUGCCUGCAUGAGCCAGCUUUUCAUAGGGCACUUAUCUGGGGGUUCUGAGAUUUUACUCCUGGUAGCCAUGGCCUACGACCGCUAUGUGGCCAUCUGUAAACCCUUGCAUUACUCAACAAUUAUGAAUAAACGGGUGUGUGUUCUGCUGCUAAUGUUGUCCUGGUCUGGGGGCUUUUUGCAUGCUGUAGUUAAACUCUUUUCUGUUUACAAACUUCCCUUCUGUGGCCCCAAUGUCAUUGAUCAUUUCAUCUGUGACAUGUACCCCUUAUUAAAACUUGCCUGUACUGACACCUACAUUAUCGGCCUGACUGUGAUUGCCAAUGAUGGGACAAUUUGUGUGGUCAUUUUCAUGCUCUUACUCAUUUCCUAUGGGGUCAUUCUGCGCUCCCUAAAGAAUGUUAGUCAGGAAGGGAAGCGUAAAGCCUUAUCGACCUGCGGCUCCCACAUUACUGUGGUGGUCCUCUUCUUCGUCCCCUGCAUUUUUAUGUAUGUGAGACCUCCUUCUACCUUACCGAUCGAUAAAUCCUUGACUGUGUUUUACACUGUUGUCACCCCCUUGUUGAACCCACUAAUCUAUACUCUGAGAAAUGCAGAAAUAAAAAAUGCCAUGAGGAAGCUCUGGACCAGAAAAAUAAAUUGA